AGGUAAUUGCGCUACAAUUUUGCAGCUGGCUGUAAUAUAAAUUUCCUUUUCUGUGUACGUGAUACUCAAAUUUUUCUGACCAUGACUUACACUGGUAGCAAAGCACGCGCAAGCAACUAUCUUCUUUGCUCAGUACAGAACGGCUAGCCAGGCUAACCAUGACUGGAGGCGUCGUGCACUACAGCGGUCAACAAUACCUUCGAAAUCGUCUUGUUCUCUCAGUACUAAGCGGAAAACCUGUUAAAAUCGACAAAAUACGAUCCGAUGACCACAAUCCUGGAUUACGCGAUUUUGAAGUCAGUCUUCUAAGACUUCUGGAAAAAGUUACGAAUGGGACAGUGAUUGAAAUAUCAGUUACAGGUACCGCGCUUCUGCUCAAGCCAGGCAUCAUUUCGGGUGGUCCCGUUGUUCACGACUGUCCUCUGUCAAGAUCUGUUGGAUAUUUUCUAGAGCCAGUAAUACUGCUGGCACCCUUUGCGAAAAAAGCGUUGCAACUUACACUACGCGGUGUAACUACGGAUGACAAAGACCUCUCUGUGGACCUCAUACGUACUGUCACUCUCCCUCACCUCCAACUCUUCGGUAUCUCAGAUGGGGUAGAACUCAGGAUCAAGAAACGAGGAGCACCACCUGGCGGUGGGGGGGAAGUCCAAUUUCUUUGUCCGGUUGUGAAACAGGUCAAAACCCUCAACUUCAUAGACCCGGGGAGAAUCAAACGAAUACGAGGAAUAGCACACGCAGUACGGGUUAAUCCGCAAUUCUCGAAUAGGAUGAUCGAAGCCUCCAGAUCGCUUCUCAAUCGUUAUAUACCCGACAUUUACUUGUAUUCUGACGUGUACAAGGGUGAUGACAGUGGAAAGUCUCCGGGUUAUGCGCUGAGUCUCGUUGCCGAAAGCACUACAUCAGCGUUAUACUCCGCCGAAUCGAUAUCACAACCGGGGGUUGCACCUGAAGACAUCGCUUUACAGGGCACCCGUGCUCUUCUGGACGAGAUUCAAAAGGGUGGAUGUGUCGAUCAAAAACAUCAAUCGCUCGUCCUCAUCAUGAUGGUUUUGGGAAGCGAAGAUGUUGGUAGAUGUCGUAUGAGCGUGCCUACAGCGAGAAGUAUCCAGCUACUCAGAGACAUUCAGGAUUUCUUUGGGACCUCGUUCAAAAUUGUACCGGUGGAUGCUUCUGAUUCACAGUUAAUGUAUUCCUGUUACGGUACUGGCUAUGUCAAUGCCAAUAGAACCCUUGCAUAGUCAUGCGGAAAGAUUCAACGAGGUAUAUAUUGAUACCGCUGUAACUAAUCGCCCAUCAUUAUUGUCAAGUCUUUCUUAAUACCUGUUAUAACGCCAGCCGGUCUCCUUUUUCACAGGACCGCCCUCUAGGAACAAUCGGGAUGAAUGUGAGACGACCAAGCAAUUCGAAUCAACUUCAAUUUACGCGUGCCAGCGAUAUUUCAUGUACGCGAAACUGACGACCACGCCGGUGACCAGUCCGACGGUCCAUGGAACGAUGGAUGAAGGUGUGGCACUGUGUGUGGACGAUACAGUUGAUGGCAUCGACGUAGGCUUUCCACCAAGGGCUUCUAUCGUAGGAACGCGAUCUUUCUCCCAUCCUUCAUCGAGAAGAUUUUGUAUCAUUGAGUCAUUCAGCUGCGUGAAGUCAACCAUCUCCCAUGAGUUGCAAAGUUUGGUCAUCCACUGCAUUCUCUUCCGACCAAUAACACCUCCAAUGCCGGGGGCGCGUUCCUUCAGUUGAGCCCUGAGCUGUCCAAUCUUCUUGAUCGCUUCUCCCUCGUAACCGGAUAGGCCAGCUUCCAACUUCUUCCUGAUCAAGUUGGACAACCUGGGGCCAUUGCCAUUGGUAGAAACUAUGACCUGCAGAGGACCGUCGCGUAUUUGAGAACCAAAAAAGAAGUCGCAAAGGUCUGGGAUAUCGGCGGCGUUGACAGGGAUUUUGGCCUGUCGACAUAGCUCGACAAUGUCGCGCGAACGCUGAGGGUCAUCGACAGCUGUAAGAACCAGGUCGAUUUUGUGCAAUUCUGCGGGUCCGGUGAAACGACGAUCAUAGUAGGUUAUGCGUUCGGGGUAGUGUUCGACGAGAUCUUUAGUUCGCUGAUGAAGUCCUUUCUGGGGGCAGAGAACGAUCAUACGAGCGUCGGUUCCAAGGAUAGACUCUAUGCGCUGUGAAGCAACUUCUCCCCCACCAACGAUGAGAACCGUCUUGUUCUUUAGCUGCCACGCAAUCAUCAAUGAGCCCCCGCCAACACUGGCCGGAGGUACAAAAGUCUUGCGGUCUUUUCGGUCUGUUGGUGGCCCGUCUGUCAUAUUGCCUGAAGAGCUGCCUUGGAGAACGUUCUGUUGACGCAGAGGAGACCAAAACAGAGCUGAGAACAGGCCGCGUGCGCAAGUAGAGAACUCAAGUAGAGAGCAGACCUGACCAGACUGUCACUGAAUUCGAAGAGGCUAGCAGAUGGUAAAUUC